AUGGAAAAAAAAAUAGAAUCAACGAAAAGAAGCAUAUUGUAUGAUAUUCAGCACAAAACUGAUGAGCUUAAAAAUACUACAGUUACAAAUGGAUCUGCGACAUCGAUAAAUUUAACAGAAGCUAAAAAGAGAGGGAUAAAUGGAUCGUUGACAUUGGAGAAGUUCGAAGAUUUCGAUAAUAAACUCAGAGCGAAUGAUGAACACAAAGAAUCUUUAAUGAUUUUAUAUAAGAUUAUAACAAGGGGCGAAUUAAAAAUAAUGUCUGCUAUAAAAAAGAUUAUGGAAGUGACCAUGGAAAAAACGGUGGAGUUAGAAUACUCGGGAACAGGUUGUACUGUCAAUGGCUUGGGGAAAAAAAAUUUUAGCAAUACGGCUACCUACAAAUGUUUAGAUGGAGUGCUUUCUGACCAAUUUGCGGACUCAGGAGAGUUGAAAAAUUUAUCAGGAAAAGUGGGUCGCUGGUUAUCUGGUGCAGCGGAUCGCGAAGGUGGUCGUAAGGAGCGAACCAAAAAAAAUUAA